AUGAUUCCGACUCAGGAAUCCUGGAAGAGGAGGAAUAAAAAGUGGGUCAGAGCAUCUGAGUCGUCAUCCCUGAUCAGAACCUCGUGUGUCUUUGUGGAGCGGAGCACUCAGCGAAGCGUCGCCUUCCACUCCAGCGCUCAGAGCCGAGCAGGAAUUCCAUCACGCAUGGAUGAGCAGGAAGAAAGGAGCAGCGGGGUGUGGACUCCUCCUCUCUUCCUCCUCCUCUUCAUCAGCCACAAUCAGCUGAUUCAGGAGAUUCAGAGUGUUUUCAUUAGCCUGGGCUCAGAUUACCCAGAAUCCCCUCUGCCAUCACCAUCAUCACCAUCACCAUCAUCACCAUCAUCACCAUCACCAUCAUCACCAUCACCAUCAUCACCACCACCAUCACCAUCAUCACCAUCACCAUCAUCACCAUCACCAUCAUCACCAUCAUCAUCAUCACCAUCACCAUCAUCACCACCACCAUCACCAUCAUCACCAUCACCAUCAACAUCAUCACCAUCACCAUCAACACCAUCACCAUCAUCACCAUCACCAUCAACAUCAUCACCAUCACCAUCAUCACCAUCAUCAUCAUCACCAUCACCAUCAUCACCAUCAUCAUCAUCACCAUCACCAUCAUCACCAUCACCAUCACCAUCAUCACCAUCACCAUCACCAUCAUCACCAUCAUCAUCAUCACCAUCACCAUCACCAUCAUCACCACCACCAUAAACAUCACCACCAUCACCAUCAUCACCACCAUCACCAUCACCAUCAUCAUCAUCAUCACCAUCACCAUCAUCACCAUCACCAUCACCAUCAUCACCAUCACCAUCAUCACCACCAUCAACAUCACCAUCACCAUCAUCACCAUCAUCAUCACCAUCACCAUCAUCACCAUCAUCAUCAUCACCAUCAUCAUCAUCACCAUCACCAUCAUCACCACCACCAUCACCAUCAUCACCAUCACCAUCAACAUCAUCACCAUCACCAUCAACACCAUCACCAUCAUCACCAUCACCAUCAUCACCAUCAUCAUCAUCACCAUCACCAUCAUCACCAUCAACAUCAUCACCAUCACCAUCAUCACCAUCAUCAUCAUCACCAUCAUCAUCAUCACCACCACCAUCACCAUCAUCACCAUCACCAUCAUCACCAUCAUCACCAUCAUCACCAUCACCAUCACCAUCAUCACCAUCACCAUCACCAUCAUCACCAUCACCAUCAUCACCACCAUCAUCAUCACCAUCACCAUCAUCACCAUCAUCAUCAUCACCAUCAUCAUCAUCACCAUCACCAUCAUCACCACCACCAUCACCAUCAUCACCAUCACCAUCACCAUCAUCACCACCACCAUCACCACCAUCACCAUCACCAUCAUCAUCAUCAUCACCAUCACCAUCAUCACCAUCACCAUCACCAUCAUCACCAUCACCAUCAUCACCACCAUCAACAUCACCAUCACCAUCAUCACCAUCAUCAUCAUCACCAUCACCAUCAUCACCAUCAUCAUCAUCACCAUCACCAUCAUCACCACCACCAUCACCAUCAUCACCAUCACCAUCAACAUCAUCACCAUCACCAUCAACACCAUCACCAUCAUCACCAUCACCAUCACCAUCAUCACCAUCAUCAUCAUCACCAUCACCAUCAUCACCAUCAACAUCAUCACCAUCAUCAUCAUCACCAUCAUCAUCAUCACCACCACCAUCACCAUCAUCACCAUCAACAUCAUCACCAUCAUCAUCAUCACCAUCAUCAUCAUCACCAUCACCAUCAUCACCAAUCACAGAGCAGCAUCUAGACGACCUGAGCAUCAGGGUGGAGAAGAAAAGGAGGUUCCAGCUGGUCUGGUCUGCUGGGAUUUGCACCCACAACCAGAGACUGGUCCGACCAGUCCCUUCCUACAUCCUAACCAAUCAUCUGAUGCUACCUCCAGAGGAGCAUGCACCAGGUCACCAGGACCAGGUCGCUGGACAGAUUCUUUGGGAUGUGGUGGAACAGGAGCUUCUCCUCAUAGAUGGAGCUGGUGCUGUCAUGUCAGGAUGGACCAGAACCUCCGAGGACCAGUUCUAA